GAAGUGAGUUCCGCUGACAGGGCUGGGUUCUGAGGAGAAGCUGUUAGCACCCGCGGCUCGGCUAAAAACACGGUGUAGCGCUCACACGACUGAGCAUAACCUGCAAACUGCCUCCGAGGCGAGAGCUUAGACUCAUCCGGGACCGCGUAUUUAUCCUUCCGAGAACGCUGCAAACAUGAACGAUCAGCAGUUAGACUGUGCCCUGGACCUGAUGAGGCGUCUCCCUCCACAGCAGAUUGAGAAGAAUCUUAGUGACCUCAUUGAUCUGGUGCCCAGCCUGUGUGAGGAUCUGCUCUCAUCUGUGGAUCAGCCUCUGAAGAUUGCCAGAGACAAAGUGGUUGGGAAAGACUAUCUGCUCUGUGAUUACAACCGCGAUGGUGACUCCUACAGAUCUCCAUGGAGUAAUAAAUACGAGCCCCCUAUUGAUGAUGGUGCCAUGCCCUCGGCCCGUCUGAGGAAGCUGGAGGUGGAGGCCAACAAUGCUUUUGACCAGUACAGAGACCUGUAUUUUGAGGGCGGCGUGUCAUCUGUCUACCUGUGGGAUCUAGAUCACGGGUUUGCUGGAGUCAUCCUCAUUAAGAAGGCUGGAGACGGCUCUAAAAAAAUCAAGGGCUGCUGGGAUUCCAUCCAUGUGGUGGAGGUGCAGGAGAAGUCGAGCGGUCGCACUGCACAUUAUAAACUCACCUCCACGGUGAUGCUGUGGCUGCAGACGACUAAAACCGGCUCUGGAACCAUGAACCUGGGAGGAAGCCUCACUAGACAGAUGGAGAAAGAUGAGACGGUCAGCGAGUCCUCACCACACAUCGCCAACAUUGGACGCCUGGUUGAGGACAUGGAGAAUAAGAUCCGCUCCACCCUCAAUGAGAUCUAUUUUGGCAAGACCAAGGACAUCGUCAAUGGCCUGAGAUCUAUUGAGUCUCUCCCUGAUAAUCAGAAGUACAGGCAGCUGCAGCGAGAGCUCUCUCAGGUUCUCACUCAGCGCCAGAUCUUCAUAGACUAGGGCUGGAGGAGUGUGCAGACUCUGGCGGCGGUUCGAGCCAAGCAGGAGGCUCUGAGGACCGAUCUGAUCGACGCACUCAGCAAACGCAAACAGCAAAGCUAGAGACACCCUCACACCCCACCACCCCCACUCUCACUCCCUCCUCUCUCUGCCGUUUAUUUUGUCUCUCAAGUUACAUUGUCGUCAUCUCCUCUGUGCUUGCGCUCUGUCUGUGGAACGACAAAAAGAAGACAAACGCUUGGCUUUGGGGUUUUUGUACUGUUUUGAAUUUUCCUGCAGGUUUUGCAGCACUUCUCUUUAUUUCUGUCGCUCAGCUCAUUAUGAUGAAGAUCAGAGCGUCUCUGUGUAACAUUAUAACUUGUAUACACAACUCGUACAAAUCACACCCCUUACAGCCACGCCCCAUAUGAAUCACACCCCCUUACAGCCAUGCCCAUACAAAUCACACCCCUACAUAAGCCACACCCACAACAUUUCUCUUAUAAAGGCACUUGCUUGAGUAAUCUGCAGGAGACAAAAACCUCUUAAUCAUCAUUAUUAAUAUGAUGUUAGUAGUUCUCUUUGGGUGAUCUGUGUGCGCGUGUGUGCGUGCGUGUGUGUGUGUGUGUGUACACAACCCAUUAAACUUUUGUAUAGAUCCCCUCCACCACCACCUCUCUGCACUCUCCCAGUUUUAUUCUGGAUCUUUCUCACCCAAAGCUUGGCAAUCUGUUAUUUUUGCUGUUUUUGUUUUGUUUGUUUUUGUUUGUUUGGAUGGGGGUGGGGUAUUACAUGUCCUUUUUAUUUGUUUGUUUUUGUAAUGCUUACAGUUCAUGUAUUACUAGGAGCCUCCAGCAACAAUAAAAACUAAAAUGCUCUAAACAA